AUGGACGUGUCCGACGCGGCCGCCGGCCUCUUCCUCUUUGUUUUCGGCGUCACCGGCAUCGCCCUGUACUUGUUGAUAACGUGUUCGAUGUGGCACAUGGCGUCGGAAAUCGUCGGCUUCCGUUUCCUCAUCUCCCAGGCCUUCACAGACGUCCUCCUCAUGUUCCAGGUCUGUUUCUGGCCUCUGAGGUCAUUUCUUCCGUCCAUCCCUUGUAAGGGAAUCCCCGUUCCUGCUUCUGACGUUCUUUCAUUCGCCUCUGGCCUUGAAACUCGAACCGAAAGCGCAAUUUGCAUAAACAAACUGACGGCGCCGUUGCGCACUGUGCUUUUUCCGACGGUUCCCGGAGAUCACUGGAAAAAAAAAGAAAAAAAGAGUUGAGUUGAGUGAGAAUAUGAUUGCAGUUCGGCAUCUGGCCAGGCAUCGUCAUCUUGACGCAGAAUGAGAUUAUCGCCGAAUCUUGGCGGUGGCACGUCCACAUCUACCUCGACUUCACAUGGUUAGGUUUUGCCUCAUCGGAUUAGGACUCAAUUAAGGAGGUUCGAACCAAAGUUCGGCCAGAAAACUGAUCUCCGUUGUUCUCAAAUCUCCAGACAAAGAUAAAAUCAAAUUAUUUUUUUCAGGAUUUUUGAAUACAUUUGUCGUUUUUCAUUAAAUGUUUCAAUUAAAUUAAUCAGGCUUGGAGACGGUGAAACUUAAAAAUUUUUUUCUUUUUCAAGGAAUUCAUUAUUUUUCUCUAAUUUAUGGAUUUAACAAUUUUUUUCAAUUAUCUCUGCCUAAAUCAAAAAAAAAAGUUGUAGUCUACAUCAUGUUUGACGAACAAGUUUGAAAGUAAGAAACCAAACUUUUAGGGUGAAAAAUCAUGAUGAUUCUUUUAUUGAAGAAUUUCUUUCGGAAACGGAAAAUUUCGAAGGAGAAAAGGAUCUCAGUGGGAAUGACACCCAUUUCAAAGCAUCCCUGUAACCCUUCUGACUCGAUUCAACUGGCUUCCUUUUGUGUAGUUGUGGAGAAAUAAUAGAGUAGUGUCGUCUUGAUUGCACGGGUAGACGCUCUUGAUCCAUUCGAUGUUUUGAGGUGGGCGAUGGUGUACCACUACACAGUGAUCGCGUGGUCCCGACUCGCGGCCGUCCAAUGGCCCAACUGGUUCCGCACCUUGCCCUACGGUACCUGCGUCACCAUUUGUGCUCUUCCUUGGUUCGCCGGACUUCUCCAAUCCUUGGUGGAACAUCAGGUCGGUUCUUGGUCCUUCUCUACUUUACUUUCUCAGAACCAACAUCAACUUGAACAUCAUCUAAUUAUCCGUUUAUUUUUUCAUUUCUAAUCAUUGAUAUACAUUGUACCCCACAAUUUCAAACGCGAAAACAUUCUAAUUAUUAAUCGAGAAACUCCCCCAGGAGUAUAUAAUUGAGUAGAAAAUUUCGAAAUUGCAAAAAACUAUAUCGAUGCAAAAAAAAGUUGUCAAAAGGUAAAAAAAGACGGACUUCAUAAAUUUAGCCAUAUUUUUAAAAUUUGCUGACCUUCUUUCCACUUUUUUUCAGCUUCUAGCAAAAUGAAGUCUGAACUUCCGGAUUGGCCGUUUUUCCAAGCUUACAUACUUUCUCAAUUCUCUAGGAAAGAAUCGAAAAUUUAAAAAGGGUUUUAUAAUUCCUCCUCUAGAGCAGAAUUUCAGAAAGCUCGAGAACAUGGAAUUUAUUUUGAUCUUUCUUUGAACUUGAUAGAUUUUAAAAAGUGUUCAGUUUGACUGGUUCGAGCCGCUCUACUACAGCCCAAGCAAGUACGGGAUGGAUUCGGACUGGGAGAGGUUUGACUACAUGACGUCACGAGCUCAUCCGAACGUCUUCAGGUACGAGGCCCGCGGGACCAAUGCCUACUACAUGGUCUGCAACGUGAUUCUGAUGGUCCUGCCGUUCCCUUUGUACGCGGCCGCCCUCGGGGUCCUCUUCAAGCGUCAGCGCAACCGAAAUCUCGGUCAGUUGUCUCAAGUUUCGUUUCUCUUGUUUUUCCGAUGCUUUUUCGAGGUUUGAGCGUGGAAGUUAAUAUUUACCUGCAUUUUGUGGCCUGGAUAGAGGAAAUCGGGACGAAGAAAAACGGUUUUCGAGCCGAUCUCGCAUUUCUGAAUGACUGUGUUUGACUCUUGAAUUUUUAAUUUUAAUAGACGUUUCAACUUAAAGAAAAGUUUAAAACUUUGAGGAAGCAUCUUUGCGGUUUUCAAUGAGAUUCAAAACGAAUAAUAGUUAGCCACAACUUGAAAGAGUUUGAUUUCUCUGCACUCUCUUUUAAAUAUGAAAUAGCCUUUCUUCUACAGCCAGCUUGUCACGACUUUAUCUUCUUCUGAGCUACAGAACCCUUCGCUUCGAUGAGCGCGGCUUUUCUCUUUUUGUUUGCCUUAAUUUUUUUUUAAAAUUUUUUCGGUUAUAUUAAAGGCACAUGCACAGACAAAGGCCCAGCUUGGAGGAAAAGGAAAAUCGGGAAAACCGGCCUCGGAACGGCUCAUAUCAGACAAGAUUUUGCACGAACUCUAGUUGAAUUAAGAGUGAAAACUUAGAAGUGAAAUAUGAAUAAGGAAACAAAGGGUCUUUGGGUAAAAGCAUGACAAACAUUUUUCAGAAAGAAAAACAUAAUUGGACCCUUUGCAGAGCUCCGAUCGAAAUACACCCGAUCCCCGGUUUGCGCGGCUUCUUACGCCGCUCAACGGCAGCUGAGCAUCGAAACUCGUCUUCUGGUGCCUUGCAUCAUCAACACCGUACUCUUCGUGGUGGGACAGGUUGCAACAGUGUGCCAUGCUCCUUCAAUUAGCUUCUCAACUUCAGAUCUUCAUCUCGCAGAGCUCAAAACACGGCAAAUGGAUGAACUGGGCCGUGAUGGUGGUCUUCGCCACCAACUCCUUCGUCAACCCUCUGCUUUACCUCUUCUUCAGGUUUUCCACCAUCCAAGGGCAGCUUUCUCAAAGCUUCUUUUCCAGCAGCGUCAUCCGGAAAGGAGUCAUUUCGGACUGUCGGAAGAAGUUCUCCUUGUCUGUGAUCUACGACUACGAGCUCCGAUCUUCGUCGUUGGAGCAGCGCUCCUCCUUGAUUCGAAUCAAUCGCGAUUCCACAGUCACCUCUCAUCUCCAUCGCAUAUCUACAUGA